AUGAAGAGCAAUCAGGUGUGGUGUGCAACGCAGUGCGAUGGUUGCGAGCCGGAGAAUUUUGCCGCGGCAGGCGGUUUGGCGAAAUUUCACCGACCAACCGAAGAACCGAUCGUUGGUCGCCACAACGACCACUACUGGAAAGGAUCGGUGAUCGGCCCGAAGGUUUCGCAGAAAGUCGGCAUUUUCCCGACUUCUGCCGUCCAGCUGCUCGAUACGCAUAACGCGUCGGACUCGAAACCGAGGUUCGAGCCCGCUGAGGGUAAACUGCCUUUAUUCCGUCUGAGGUUGAUGAACGAGGACCAUUCUGUGGUGUUUCCUGUUUCCUUUCCACAGAAUGGUACUCGUUCGUCAACCUCAGACCGAACCAAGGCGACUGAUCCUCAUCGGGCUCGAACCCCAGGCGUCUCGGUUUCGAGUCCGGCGUUCUGUCGAUCGACCAACGUCGGUCCGUGA